UGAACAUCUUCAAAGAGAAGUAAAAAAAGAAACUGAAGAAGGACUUUAACAACAGUGCAAAGAUUAUCAGGCAAUAUACACAAACAAUACAAUGAAAAUCAAUAAGGUAUGUCGUGAAUUAGUUCUUUUCUUCUAUUCGACAAGCUAUUUUGGAAAGUGGCUAUACCAGUAAUUACGACCAGUCUUUUAGCUCUGGAGGUCUUAGUUUUCAAGACACCCUGGCCAAGUAAUAGCAUGUGUUAAUGUUAAUGUUAAUCUUAAUGGUUUAUUAAAUACUUGACUGGCAAUUUUAUACAAUAAACUGAUUGAAAAACUCAAGUUGUCUAAGACUAAAAAUGUCAGACGUUCAUUAAAACUAUAUCACUUGUCAGUAUAAUACAUUAAAAAGUAAAAAUAUUUACGGACAAUUAUCCCAUCUUUUCACACAAGACGGCAAAAAACUGUUACUAAAACGCUUGCCCUUAGUUCUACACUUGAACAAUCGUAACUUUCGAGGAUCGAUUUCUCAGAUCAGUCGUAAUGGUGGACAAUGUAGGUAACUUCAAUUCAGAUAGUCCCUGACUGUACGAUAAAUAUAUGCGGGUAUCGUUCGUACGGCACGUCGUUGUAUACCCUAAACGUUGUCUUUCAUGGAGGAUGUCAAAGAAAAGUGCCACACGGGACAUGCUGUAAAAUAGGACUUAGGAAACUCUGUGGCUGUUGAAGAUGAGAUUUCGUAAAUUGUACCGAGACAAGUCACUAAUCAUGACUAAGAAAAACAUCGGGCCGAGUUUACUUCCUUGUGGGACACUUGCAAACUAUUAUAAAACGAAAGAAAUAACUCGGUAACCGUAACAGUAUUGAUAUUAUUUAAUAAUACAGCACAAAAUUCAGCAAGAAAGUACAAAAGCGGAAGUGGGAGGGUUGUGAUAUUUUGACCGUAAUUAUGUAAUAUGUAAAAAAUGUUGCACGCAUGCAGCCAGAAUAUGUUCGGGCGAAAUAUGCAGCUGUGCACCAGUUUGAGAUAGAGAAGGUAAAUAGAAAAGUUAACGUGCCGAACACUUCGAAAUAAUACAGGGAUACUGACUACCUGAACAAUAUAUGGAAAAUUACAUUUCGAGCGAAGGCCCUUCGUUUGGAGUUAAUAGCGGGGAAAUUACAUGAAAUAUAAAGGCGAUCACAUGAGAAAAAAUGAACCAAUCAGAUGGAUAUAUAGUCAAAACAAAGUACAAACAAAAAAUGUAAAUCACAUUACAAAUAUAUUAUAAAUUUCCACGUCACAACAUUAUAAUUCAUAUUUACUUGCCAAAAUACAAUAUCUUGUUGAGCUGGGGCCGGUUGCAUCAAGCCCAUUUAGCAUGAACGGUAGAUAAGUCAAAAUUAAAUAACACUCUUAUAUCUUUCGUGAACCAGUCAACUUAAAUAUUAUGCACUAAAUAAAAGUAGUUGUAAACAUUAUCGUUCUAUUAAAGUUCAAAACUUUUAGUUUGGUUGUUGAAUGAAUCUAUAGACUAUAGACUUGCUUUCUAUUUUGAGCUUAACCACCGUUUAAACUUUCAUAUACGUAGGAGCUCUUUGACCACUUUGAUUUAUGCUGCGCAAUCAACUACUAAUAUAUAAUUCUGUUUUAUACAGUACGUUCGUGUAGCGCACCGAAUGUAUUAAUUUAUUCACUGAAAUCAAUGCAUGGGGUCUGUUUUCAGUUCUACUUGUAAAAGAUUAAGGCUUUCAUUUUUGUUUUGCAGCCAUCAAUAGUGUCAAGUAUUUAGAUAGUGAAUACUUGCAGUUUUAGACUAAUGCUUUUUUGAAAGGCAAAUCGUAAAAUUAUAGUAUGUUAGAGAAAUAAUGAUCAAGUGUUAAUUUAAUAUUGUAAUUCGGGGGGAAGGGGGCGAAGGUGCCCUUUCAAUUUAAAGGAUUGCCUUGGCUAAAUAGCGAAUUGUCAGAAAUGUUAGUGCGAUUCUUUUACGAAUUUGCUUCAGAAAACGCAAAAAAUGCAGUUAUCGAGCUUCAAGAAUUGCACAAUCGCCUGGCGGAGAACCCCCUCAUGCACACCCCUAUCAUCCAAUAAAUAGAAAACAUGAAUAGGCGAAGUUCAACUCCCGAUGUUUUGCAAACAUAUCUUAGUAUAUAUCAAUUCAAAAAUGCCCUUUCACGAAAAUCUGCCCCCCUUGCCUUCGAAAGACACUGUUGGCAUUUUCCAGAACUAUUUAAUAUUAUAUACAAACAGUUCAGGCAGCGGAUUUCGUUAAUUAUAACCAAUCUGCCACCCUGCAGUGAUAAAAAUUCACAUUUUGUUUGCAUAUUACAUAAUUUUACAAUUAUAACAUGAUAUUUCUUACUUUUUUUUUCUCAAGAAAAAGUGGAUUGCAUCAGAACUGCUGGUGGUUUUUUUACUGUUACUCGAAACAAUUGUGGAAAUUCAAGGCGCACCCGUGUCGGCAAAUACAGGUAGUGUAUGAUAUAUUCAUUAAUCAUUAGGCUACAACUUUACUAUUAUAUAUUUAUGAUUUAAAUAUAUACAGGUAGUGCAUGAUUUAUUCAUUAAUCAUUCCAACUUUACUAUUAUAUUUAUGAUUUAAAUAAAUACAGGUAGUGCAUAAUAUAUUCAUUAAUCAUUCCAACUUUACUAUUAUAUUUAUGAUUAUGAUUAUCAUUAUCAUUUCUAGAGCGCAAAUUUCCAUGUAUGGAUAUGAUCAAAUGCGCUUUACAUCAAGUUUUUGCGCUUACCUAAUUCUUAACUUAGCCUAGACUAUUUUAUCUAUACCUUUACAACGAUUGCAAUAUUAAUUUUUUUUUUCUGUGUUGGUGUUGUGUACUCAGGUGAAUAAUAUGUUUGCGAUGUUACUCUGAGUGCAUAUCCACACCGGGCGAGCUUGAAAAAUAUGCCCGGCCACGGUGGGAUUCGAACCUACGACCUUUGGAAUACUAGCCCACAAACAUAAUUGCAAUAUUGCUUUCUUAACUAUGUUUAUCCCAACCCACCCUGUCAACUUUCCCUGUGGAAGGAAACCAGAGCACCCGGAGAAAACCAACAACUUUCGGCAGAGCGUUUACUCGUAGCGAGAAUCGAACCUACGAACUCAGACGUGAAAGGCGCGCUUGCCCGAACGACACCGAAGCUCUCAGUUCAUUACGAACUUUACUUUAGGUGGUUAGUUAGACGGACGUUUAAAUAUGCACAAUAGUUCGUACAUAUAAAACAAAAUAAAGGCAAAUGAAAAGCACUGGUCGGGUUAAAACUAUUUCCGACCUGUGCACGAUUCAAUGAUCCGCAAAUUGAUCCGAGAAAUGAUCGCAGCUGUUUUUGCUGACUAUCUGACCUUUACCUGCGACUAUUCCUGAUUAUAAAACAGAUAUUUUUAAUAUAGAUCAUUUGCAAGAAAGUACACUUUCUUAAAAAGUUAAUAUUCAAUCUUGCACAACGUUGGAAAAAUAUUAUUUAUUUACGAGAUCACGUGAAUAAAUAUUAAUGUUAAAACUCUUCCCACGAUGCUGUAGUAAUAUUUGUAGUAAGAUGCUGUAGUAAUAUUUUCAAUUGCAUCGCAAGAUAAAUGGAAGAGUGCGAUAAAAAUAUCGUAUCACUUGUGUGUUGUUUAGGCGUUUAGGACUGCUAAUAAUAAUAAGCUCCUGCAUGCAUAAUGUCAAUAUCCAAAUCCGUUGAUCGGCUGAAAUUUGAUAAAUGCGCAUAAAUCUCAUCCAAUUUUAAAUUAAGAAUAAAGUUAAUGAUAAUUGAAUGCCAAAUUUUAGCUUGGUUUCUUAGGCCCAUCAUACCAAAGUGUUUUGUAUAACAUUUUAGCUGGAUCUGUCCUAUGUCCUGCUCCGUCUCCUGGAAGUGUUUGUCGGGAACCUGAAGAUACAUGCACAAAUCAUUCAGAGUGUAAAUUGUCUUCGCGCGGAAACAAAUGGAUUGGCUUAUGUUGCCCCCAUCAUGCUUGUAAAGGGAAAAAAGUUUGCAAGGAUGUUCGCUGUAAGUAUGUUGUGAUGCAGUUAGUAAUCAUACUUCCCAUUAUUACAAUUAUUGCAAUUUUAAUUUCGAAAAACUGUGCAGGGAAGAGCUCGACUACAAAAUUUUUCAAGCGCAAUGAUUAAGGUUACGUUCGUGAAGCGCGAAUAUAUUGCGGUCUUUAGUUCUCAUUUAAUUUGUCGUGAAUCGGACAGUUCUUAUAAGAAUCGUAAAACUAAAUUAAGUGGCCACUUUUGCUAUCGAUCAAUUUCGCUCUCCCUGAUUGCUAGAGAUGAAAAAGCGUUAUUAUUAAUAUAUUUUGUGUAUUCUUUUUCUUUGUAGUACCCACUCCAUCUACUACGAUCCGUCCUACCACAGAAUAUAUCACAACUACGGAAUAUACAACACAAUCAAGCACCAUGUCGAGCACAACGGACAUUACAGCGUCGACAGCGCCACCUACGAAUCCAGUAACUACACAAACGGACCAAUUUACUACCACUACAUCAAGUACCAACAAGCCUACUAGCGUUGCCAAAACGACUAGCACAGAAAAAUAUUCUUCUACACAAGAAUCAAGUACUACUGAAUCUCGGACAACAACAACGGAUGAGAAAAAAUCUACCAUUGCUUUACCUACAACAGAAGUAGAAACAACAACUGCAGAACGUACCACUGAAUUUCCAACAAACACCAGGAGAACUACGACCGAAAUGCCAUCAUCGACAACACCAACAAUGACAGUUGUAACAACAUUAAUAACACAAAAACCUAGACCAAGUCCAUCUACAUGCAGUCAAAACAACGCCAAAGAUAUUUUGUUUAUCAUAGAUGGUACAGUUAACUACAGACAUCAUUGGGUGACUAGAAAAAAAGAAUGGAAACAGAUAAAACAUUUUGUCAAGGAAGUCGUUUCGGAGUUGAAUGGUGAUAAUUCUAGAGUUGGUGUUAUGCAAUAUGGUGGAAGACGAAAGCCUAAGAUGGAGGUUGAUCUUUCGGCAAGAACUAGUACUGCUGACCUAAUUUAUCGCAUUGGAAAUAUAAGACAGAUUGGUGGAGUGAAAAGAAUGACCGGAAAAUCACUGGCUAUCGCAAGAAAUAAAGUAAGUUAACAUCAUGUGCUGUGAUGUUUGACGUAACUAAGAUCUCGCAUAGUUAGCUUUUAAUAGCUAAUAUAUACUUAUUUGAUGAAUAAUUGUCAUAUCUCCUAUUUUUAUUCUAAUAUUGAUGAUUUUCACUUUAUAUUCUAGUUCUAUAAAUUGAACUCGCUCUACAAGCGUGGUAGUGCACAGGAUAUUAUCGUUCUGAUCACGCGUGGAAAACCGUCUGACAGGAAAGAAACUUUGGCUGAGGUGGAACUGCUAAAACGGAAAAUGAUACGAGUAAUUGCUAUUGGAGUGGCUCCCUAUCCACGCUAUUUGAAAAGUUGUCUACGAAACAUUGCAUCAUUCAAGGAAGACGCAAUCACCACAAAAUACAGUGAACUCGCCAACAAGAAAAUGGACGUCCUCGAAAGGAUUUGUCUGCCAGUUAAACUACCUGGAAGUUCUUAUUAUUAUUAUUAUUAUCAUUAUUAUUAUUAAUGUUAAACACUCCCAAAAGGGUUUUUCAGUGUUCAUUACAAAAGUCAUAAGAAGUAAUUACUUAAAUUAUAUUCUAAAAACUAUGUAUUAAUAUACUAUUUACUCUAAAAUUUAAAUCUAUAAUAUCAAGCUAUUCAUAAUAAUCUAGCCAGGGUAAAAUUAAAUACUUAUUAUAGUAUAGUUAAUACUAUUUAAUUUAAAAUUUAAUCAGUAAAAGGUGUAAUUCAGUUCUGCUCAUCAAAAAAUUGUUCAACCAAGUAACUUCGUAGCUCAUUUUUAAAACGUUCCAAAUUGAAAUUAUGGUUUUUUAACCAUUCUGGCAAACUGUUGCAUAAACAAGCGGCUCGGACAAGUUGCCCUAUAUAAAGGUAUUUCUAACAAUCCAUUAGAUAUUGUGUUCAAAUUAUGUAAUUGUGAUCUUGUUUGAAGAAUACGACAUAAAUAUGAUGGGACCAUGCCAUUAAUGCAUUUAUAAACCAUUACUGUAUCUCGGAAUCGCAACAUAUAAUUGACUGGUAACCAGUUAAGCCGUUUUAAGAAUGGCGUGAUGUGAACAAAUUUUUUUGUGCCAGUGACAAUACGUGCUGCAAAGUUCUGAAACUUUUUGCAAUUUUGUAG